AUGCACAUCAGCCUGACUGUGGCUACCAAGGAGUCUCGUGCCUUUCAUGGAACCACAGCUGCCGUUACUGCUGUAACCCCUGACGCUGUGCAAGUGCCAGCCAUGGAGUCACGUCAUGUCCUGGUUGCCCCUCCGCCGCCACCGCCUCCUCCACCUCCGCCACCACCCGUAACCUCUUCGCCUUUUAGCCGAGCGGAGAGUGCUCGCCAGAGUCGGCUGAGGAAGCUGAACUGGGAGCGCAUCCCCAAAGAGAAGGUGGAGGGGAGGAAGAGCGUGUGGACCGGGGCUGCUCCCGGCGAGGACGAGUUCCCCAUAGACCUCCAUUCCCUGGAUGAGCUGUUUGGUCAGAAGGACAGCAAGCCGAGGGUCAGGACGGGCAGCGUGAGGCGGCGGUCUGCGCUGCUGCGAUGCAGAUCUCCUCAAAACAGUCCUGAAGAGAUUUCCCUGUUGGAUUCCAAACGGAGUAUGAACAUUGGAAUAUUUCUACGGCAGUUCAAAAUGCCUGCUAAGGAGAUAGUUGAGGAUAUCAGGCACGGAACCGGAGAUCGUUAUGGAGCAGAGAAGCUUUCGGAGCUCUGCAAAUUGCUGCCUGACAACGAGGAGGCAUCUCGCCUGAAGACGUUCAGUGGAGAGAGGAGCUGCCUUGGAGAGCCUGAUCUUUUCAUGCUGUUGUUGGUGGAAGUCCCCAGUUUUCGGCUCCGGCUGAAUGCCAUGAUCCUGCAACAAGGGUUUGACCCGGCUGUGACCUCUCUGUGUGUGGCAGCCAGAUGUCUGAGGGAGGCGUCCAGAGAAUUGCUGAGCUGUCCAGAAUUACACUCCAUCCUCCGUUUGGUGCUGAAAGCAGGGAACUACAUGAACGCUGGUGGAUAUGCAGGGAAUGCAGCUGGCUAUCGCAUUUCAUCACUGCUCAAACUGGCUGACACCAAAGCCAACAAGCCGGGGAUGAAUCUGCUACAUUUUGUUGCUAUGGAAGCUGUGAAAAAGGACCAGAGUUUACUGUCUUUUCCAAGCCAACUAGGCCAUGUUGGCUCUGCCUCCAGGUUGUGUGAGGAGGCCGUGCUGGAUGACUUGGCGAAGUUAAAAAGUAGAGUGGCUGCCCUCAAGGCAAACAUACAGACUGAGGCAGAGAUUCUGCAGCAGGCGCGAUUAUUUCUGGAGAUGGCUGAAGAGCGUCUGAAGGAGGCGGAUGAUGAGGUGGAGGGCAUGAGGAUGUCGAGUCAAGCUCUGAUGGAGUUCCUCUGCGAAGAUGACAGCACGUUUAAACUAGAGGAGGCUUGCAGUACCUUCCAUUUGUUUUGCCUUCGGUUCCAAAGGGCUGUCCAGGAAAAUGAAGAACGGGAGCUUAAGGAGCAGAAACGUCUGGAACGUCAGCGUGAAAUGGUGGAGAAGCGUCGUUCUGUGGCCGUGUGCACGGGGCUGGACUUGGGCCUGAGUCUUGCCAGAGAGCCUCACAGCCAGGAGAACCAAGAUGAACUGGAGAGACUUUUGGAGAAGAACUUAAGCUACACUUGGAGUCGUCGUAGUCUUCGAAGCUGUGCUUCUCACCGAUUCGCACGCCACCUAGAAAAUGACGCCCAUUCCCGCAGCUCCACGCUCAAGAGCUUCCCCGUACUGGGCAGCAGCCCGACAUCGGUCAGCUGUCACUCAAACAGCUCCUCUGAUCACGAGGUCGGUGCUGUGCUCUGCAGCUCCCCAGAAAUCGAUGGCACGUGCUCUCCCAUUGACCAAGAAGACUCUGUUCUGGACAGAGGGAGACGAGCAACAAACACGAGCAUGGAAGCAUUUAAAGACUCGCACGUUGAAUCGCUUAGUUCCUCUCCUCACGGAAAUUACUUUGCAGCAGAACAACAUGGGCCUGAGAGCAUUUCCUGUAUGCUACAAGGCCAACAGACGGCAGUAGAGUUUGAAAACAUGUCAGAUUUUUCUCAAGAACACAGGCUGUCGAACAGUUCCAGUACAGACUCAGCUGCUGUGAGUACACAUGCACCAACCCAGUGUGUUGGAAGCCAGGUCUCCACUUACAGACAUAGGUUUGCUCUGCCAGUGACUGAUAGUAAUUAUCUUCUUCAGGGUGAAACUAACGGCUCUUGUGUCCGUGACUCUAAUACCACAUGCACAACUCUGACCUCUGACAGCAACACCACGGGCGGGCCGUUGAAUCACCCUGCACCUGAGACCAAAUUAGAAUCAUCCGCUGAUGAAGUACCAUUCCAACCUCAGAAGAAAGAAGUUCCAUCUAUAAGGAUAAGUGAGGCAGAGUCUUUGCCUGAUGAAUGUUCACCAGAACAGGCAGACACUACAGUGGCUUUGUCACCUGUGGAGGACUGGAUACCCUCCGGUCUACCAGAGGUCAGCCAGUCACAGCCAGAGGAGGCUUCUGACUUGCCAACCGCUGAGAGGGAGACAGCGAGGUCAUACGCACGUGUAGGGGAAACGCUAGAGUGCCACACUCUAGUGAAAGGGCUUCGAUCCUACGAGGCCUUGUCACCCCCGACCUCCCCGCUCCCACGACCCACACCGAGCCUUUGCUCCAAGUGGAGGAAGGAGAGGGAGGUUGAACUCCACGAGGGGGCAACUCCAGGGUCCUCAAUGCCAAGAGAGGAGACUCAAACAAUGAAGAUCCCUGUACGUAGUGGAUUAGGGGCCAAGAGGGGGUUCGUGUCACGCACAGCCCCUUCAAUCAGCACAGGCAUUCCUCGAGUGCGCUCUAAAACCGAAUCCUCGAAUGGAACACCAACAGCUACUAACACAACUGCACGGCUGUCUAGUCCUCGCAGCCUUUCAGCGCGUUCGUCUUCCAUAACCCGGCCAGUUAUUCAGGCAGAGGUAAAGCGAAGCAGCAGUGCACGGGAGAGAACCGUAAGCGAGUCACAGAUUCCUGAAAAAUCCACCGUGACUCGCAGGUCGUCUGACAGAACUGCACCAGAGAGGGUUUCCGGCAGCUCCCAGUCAGCUUUUAUCAGAGGAGCUCCUGUCCGUGUGUCCAAACGACUCGCUCCGAACUCCGAGACUCAGCUUCCGCCUCAGCCUCGGUCCGCCCACAGCCCCUCCGCCGCUACAGCCAAGACCAUACGCACCGCCGUCAUUUCAGCCGCUCGCAACAAAACUGCAAAGACAACGAGCGUGGGCACCUCCCCUGCUAGCUGUAAAAGCCCAGGAGCUUCACGCAUACCUGGUCCCAAAAUGCCUCGAGCCGCUGCAGCUCAGCCUCUGUGGAGGUGA